UGGGGAAAAGAUACUUUUAGGGUUCUCAACUAUGGCGACCGCAGUGAGGCAUCUGGUCCAGCUCCACGCCGACGUUCCCAAGGCCGCGAAGCUCUACUCCAAUGCGCUCGGAUUCACCGUCGCCGUCUGCACGGAGCGAUGGGCGGAGCUCACCUGCGGCGAUUUCAAGAUCGCGAUGAUGCAAGCGCCGAGUGAUACAAAGCCAGCGAAGAACUACUCGUCUUUCAUCUCCGUUAGCGUGCCCGACAUUGAUGACACUGUGGUCAAGCUUAUUUCCAUGGGCGCCGAGCUCGAUGGUCCUAUAAAAUACCAGGCUCAUGGAAAGGUUGCAGCGCUUAGAUGCCUGGAUGGUCACAUGAUCGGGCUGUAUGAAUCCAGUUCUUGAACAAUUUGAUUAAGUUGCAAGGUGAUUGAUUUGAUGUAUAAAUUCUUACGUUCUUCUUAGGCCUUGAUAAACAUCAAAUGCAAACUAUGGCUGAUCCUUCAUCGUCU